GUUUGGGAAAAAUCCUUCCGGUUCAUUCAUAGUUGGACGAUGCGGCAGGUGGUUUGUUUACAAACAGCAGCUCACAGAAAAUGACCAGCGUUGCAGUUAAUAAUUCGUCCACGUCAACUGAUGGACUUCCAAAACAGUUUGUUACCUCAUUAAGAAUACUUUUUGACAUUUUGGAUGAAGAUCGUACCGGCUAUGUUCGUUUACGCGAUAUCGAAAGUCGUUGGCAUGAGGAAGGGGUGUCGGGCUUACCCAGUGGGGUUAUUGACACCCUCAGAAAAGUGGCUCCAAGAAACGGCAGACUAACGUUUGAUAAUUUUGUGACAGGUUUAAAAUUAUCAUUGUUAAAAAACACAGGGUCUAGUUUAAAACAAGAUUUAAGUCAGAAAAGAAAGGACUUGCCACAGCAAAAUUCCCAUAGGUCUGGGACAGUGAACAUACAAUCUGACAAAGUCAGACCUACCACACACCCGCCAGAUUAUGUAAACAUUGGACCAAAUGAACGGGUUAUCCCAACUGACAGAGUUUUACCAAAUCAAAAUGUGCAUAAUGGGCACAGAUCUCGUCCCAAAAUGGGUAGUCAGGCCAUUAAUUCAAAUACUACAGGAAUAAAUACCGCAACUGUUCGGCCAAAUAAUGUAUUACAGUCACAGAACAUUGAACUUCGAAAUCAGAUUUACACCCGUGACCAGCACCAGCAUGCAGCAGUGAAAACACAUGGUAAAUCGGAACAACAUCAUCAUACAAAUGCUGAAAGAAAUCAAAAUGUGAGGCCAUCAGGGCCACCAAGCUAUCACCAUAGACAUAGUGCUGAUGGACAUCAGUUAAGAAAAGAACUUACUAAAAAUGCUUUUAGACCUAAAAGUGCUCAUGCUGAAAUGCAAAGAGCAAAGGAAGUUAAUUUUAAUGACUUACCCGCAGGAAGACCAGAACGCCCGCCUCCAUACCGAAGACCACAGGAGAAGGAAAAAGAUGUGCCUCCAGUCUUGCCACCUAAAGAUAUGAAUGGACGUAUAAUGAAUGAGUUAAAAAACUGGCAAAGAGAUCAUCAGAUGUCACCACCAGGUCAGAAAGGGAAUAUGCGCACUUUACACAGUGAUUCACAACUUUCAGAUCAAAAGAAACAUGCAGGCACUGAGAUAUAUGUAAACAUCGAGCAGAUUCGGAAACAUGAAGCUAGUCAGCAGUCGGCAACAGCGGGUACCGGCGCAACCAGGAAACCAGUCAGGAGACAGAAUUCCAGACGUCAUACACUCUCUAGUGGAAUAGACUAUAAUGUGAUACGACGUAUGAAGCAGCUUGAACAAGAAAAAGAUGUGUUACUACAGGGACUGGAGGUUGUAGAUAGGGCCAGAGAAUGGUAUCUUAAACAAAUCACUUCUGUAACUGAAAAACAAAACUAUGCAGAGAAAACUUCCUGUAGUGAUAUGACGUUACAAUCACAACAAGAAAGAAUGGACUUUGUUCGCAGUAGAAUAACAGACGUUAAUAUGAAUCUGAAAACACUCAUGCAAACUUCAGAAUCAGGGUUUCCUGCCCAUAUGAAUCUUGCCAUAAGAAGUAGUGCAUUUCCUGAUGAUAAGGCAACAAAAUGGCUCAAAGAGCAAAAUAAACAACUUACACAGGAGGUGGGAUCAAAGAGUGAGAAAAUCACACAGCUUGAGAAGGAAAAGGCUAGUCUGAUAAGAGAUCUGUUUGAAGCGAGAUCAAAGCACAAAACAAACUAUGAUGACACUACAUUCAUGUGAUAUUCCAUGCAUUCAUGUGAUAUUCCAUGUUGAACACAUUACAUAGCAUAAUGACAAUUUCAUUCCACAACUUAGUUAAUAGAGAAUCUUGUGUGAUAUUCCAAAUGCACCAGCUAAAUACUAUGUUCCAGUUUCAAAUCUUUUAUGGUUAUGCACUGAUUUUAUAUUCAUGUGGCAUUCAGGCUACAAAUCUACAAUUAUUUAACAUUCCAGUAAGUUCUUAAUCAUCAGUUGAUUGAAGUGGUUCUUCAUAAAUAUUUACACUACAGAUCAAGCCAGAUUCAUGUGACAUUUUCAAGUUAUUAAUCUACCAGAGUCAUGUGACAGUCCGGCUAUUAAUCUACACUACAGAUCAAGCCAGAUUAAUGUGACAUUUAACUUAUUAUUCUAAAAUACAGAUCAAGCUGGAGUUGUGUGGCAUUUAAGUUAUUUCUCUACAAUACAGUUUUAGCCAGAAUCAUGUGCCAUUCAAGCUAUUAAUCUACAUUACAGUUCAAGCCAGAUUCAUCUGACAUUCUAGUUAUUUAUUUACAAUUCAAUUCAAGCCAUUUCAUGUGACAUUCAGGUUGUAAAUCUACAAUGCACUACCAUAAAUCUACAUUCCUGUAUUAAUUUCUGUGCAAAGCAAUAACUUGCAUUUCUAUAUUAAUUUCUAUACAGUACAAUGAAUUUACAUUUUGUGUGAUAUUCUAGAUCUGCAACAAAACAUCAUGGUACUAUAUUCAUAUGAUAUUCAACCAGAAAUAUGUUUAAAUGCACAUCUUUUAUCAAUUUACUCAAAAGGCAGCUAAAACAUAAUAAGUCAAGCAAUACUGGGCUUGUAGACAGAUAGUGGCAUUAACCUUUAAUCUGUUGGCAACAAGUGAUUUUGCCUUUGCGAACAGUGCUGACCAGGAUUGUGGUCUGCAUUGUUCGCCAUUUGCUCGGUAACUUUUCAGUGAAAACCCAAUUUAGAAAUUCGGCAGGGUUAACAUUAUAUGUGUUAGGUUCUUGUUACAGUUUUGGUUUGGUAUCUGGAAAAAUUUUAAAAGUACUUGUAGUUCGGUUUUGAUGAGGUAAAUUGACAAAUUGUCAUGCUAUCAUACUGAAGUAUUGUUUUUACUGGCUAGGAGAAUUCCUAUCUUUUGUGCAGCAAUAAUGUACAUACUUUAUAUAAUCAAGAGAAAAUCUGAAAAAUGUAUAGGGAUGAAUCCUGCAGCUUGUGAUGUUUGAUAUAUAUGCAUUCCAUAUACUGUCUUGCAUUUACAUAAAUUUGUAUAUCUAUUUGCAUUUGUUUUUUUUUUAAAUUUACAUAUUGAUAGUUUAUCUUUAAAGAAUUAAAAUAAUGUUGAUAGAUGACCUUUAAACAUGAUUAUAUUUUAUGUAUUGGAAGUCAUUAUACCUAGAGAGCAGAUAUGUGCAGAUAAUUUAUCACAUUAAUUUUUGCAUUUAUUGCAUUUGCUUAAAUAGUCAUUUGCUAUUUGUAUAGCGUGUUCAUGUCAUGUUACACACUUUUGUUUUGGUAUUUUAAGUAAAUUAAAGAAAGAUCACUGUAUGACCUUUUCUUGUCAAGCAGUUUUGAUUUAAGUUGAUGUCAUCUGGAAAAUACAUUGAUCAAAGAUCACCAUGAAGCCUCCUGUAUUUCUUCACUAAGACAUUGAGUAAAAGGUGACUUGAAAAUAACAAAAUUGCGGAUGGAUUUUAAAAGAUACAGUCAUGUAAUUUCGAUCUAAUAUCAGUGUAUAUUUUUCUGGAAACUUUAUUGCCCUAAAACUAUUACAACACUUUUUUUUUUCAGUGAAAUUAUACAUGUAAUGAAUUUCUUGGAGAUUACAUACCAUUUUAGUGUUCACACGUAUUUUAUGCAGCAUAUAAAUAUGUAUGCAGAUUUAUCAGUAUUUGGAAAUCAGAUAUUAACCAAAGUAUUAUGUAGUCUUAAGAUAUGACAUUAUACUCCAGGAUGCUUUUAUACCCAAAUAGAUCUGAGUUUGUUAAAGAUCUGAUUUCUAUGUGUUUUAGUUAUUCACACUAAUCUAUUCUAGUACUAAAAAUAUGUUUUUAUUAUUGUAUAUGUAUUCUUGUUGUAUGUGAAUUCUUCUAUUCUGUUGCAAGCUUUUUGCUUAAUUUCACUUAAAAUGUAAAGCAAAGCCAUUGAUAACAUGCAGUUAUUACUCUUAAGAUUUGGUCAUUAUGAGAAUUUUUAAACCUGGUAAAAGGAUAUUGACCAGUGGCAAAACUGCAGUUGAUAGCACUUUUUCCAGGUUGAAAAGUUGUUGCUUAUGACCAACACUUUAAGGCAACAAUUGUUUUAUUAGUAAAUCCAAUAACUUUUUAACUUUAAGUUAAUUUUAGAAACUGUUGCCAACAUGUGUAUCACGUCACAACAUUAUGACAUCACUGCAAAGGUCAGUGUGUGUAUUUUGGCUUCGUCCUCGAGUCAAUAUAACAUUUUAGCACCAUUCAAGUGACUGUCUUUAGACUAGUGGAAAUGACUUUGAUAAUUAUAUGGAUCUUUCUUAAGAUAUUAUGAUAAUUUUGGAAUAAAAUUUUAGAUUUUUGAAGUAGCCAUUUUUGACCAGAACAUAAAAAAAGGUAUUGUUUGAUCCAUAUAAAUUAAAUAUGAUACUUUCAGAAUGUACACAUAUUGAAAUCAUCAAAACAAUUUUUUUUUCACAGGCCAUGAUUUUAUACAGGGAUGUUCCUGCGAUAAUUUUCACCAUUAAAUAUAACUGAUUCAAUAAAAUCUGUAACAUCAGUAGAAGCAUAGAGUGCAACCAAGGAAAAUAAUUGCAGAUCCGGUUUGAUUAAGUCUGUUCAUGACAGGUUAUCACCAUUUAGAAAUUUUAAAAUCUUUUCUACCAUCCAUUUAGACCUGUAGAAUGACAUACAGUAUAUUAUCUGGAUCCGGCAGAAAAUGGUAGAAAUUCGCGAAAAAUCUUUAAGUUUCAUGAACUCACCGACAGUAAUAAUUAAUAGCUAGUAGUAUUUGUUUGCUUUUUGUGUUGUUUUACUUGAUUUUUAUUCUUCACCGUGUUAUAUUGCUUGCUUUUUCAGUGUGAUAUAGAUAGAACAUGAAAUUUGCAAAGAUUGACACAUUAAAUGAGCCGUACCAUGAGAAAACCAACGUAGUGUGUUGGCGACCAGCAUGGAUCCAGACCAGCCUGCGCAGUCUGGCCAGGAUCCAUGCUGUUCGCUUUCAAAACCUAUUGCAAUUUAAUAGAGAAACUAUUAGCGAGACGCAAAUGCACUAUGUUGGUUUUCUCAUGGCGCGGCUCAAAUAAAGUCUAGGAAUUGAUUACUAUAUUCUGAAAAUUCGUUCACAAAUUAAUGUAAAUUUUAUGAAAGUUUUGAUUUUAUAGAUAAUUUAAUUUUUGAGAUUUUUGUUAUACCUUUUUUGCCUGCUGCAAGCUUCAGGUGAAGGUAUUUAUCAAGUACUCACAGGCAAAGGUGUCUAGCAGUUUACUUACCUCACACUAUCACAACUCAGCGGAAAAUCAAAACUAUUUAGACAAAAUAUAUAUUUUUUCACAACGAAUCAAUAAGAUAUAUUCAUCUAUUUAUGAUUUAACAUUGCAUCACUGCUUCAGAUGUUUUUUGUCAGCUUAUUUAUUGAGUAAAAAAAGGUUUUAGCAGAUCGGUAAUAAACUGAAGCAUCCCUCAGUAUUUUAUAGUAAAGAUGCCACAUUUUUGUUUGUAAUGAAAUAUCUCGUAUAUGAACAAGUGUUGUAAGAUGCAUUACUGGUAGGAUAAGUACAAGUGUACCAUAAUUAUAUAUAUUAAAUAUAGUAGUAUCAAUAAUCACCUAAAGUUGCAGUGUUUACUCGUGUAUAAGGUGGAUCAGUUGUGGGAUGGGGUCCAGACCUCAUCCCUAAAAUUGAUCAUUUCUUUCAAGACCUUUUUAUUAGAUUUUUUUUUCCUGUUGGAACUUUGCUAAAAAUGGUCAAAAUAUUUUUUUUUAAAUUUACACUAAAUUGUACUGGUUCAUAUUGUUGCUUUGGAUAGUGUGGAGUAGACUUGCACAGUGGGUUGAGCUGUUGAGAUUUAGAAAAUCUUUAAUAAAAUGAGUUUUCUUCCUAAAUACUGCCACCAAAACUUUUUUUUGAUUAUUGUAUAUGUAAAUUAAAUUGUUUGUUAUACGACUAUGCAAGUUACUUUAUUUGAACUAUGCAAUAACAAAGUUUUCUUGCAUGUCUGUUCGCCUUCGACCUCGACAAUUUACUCUCCAACGCCUCUGUGGACAUCAGCUGGAGAGACUGUUGACCCCACCCUCUUGGUAUAUCCCUGUGAAUAAAUGCUAGUGUAACUGGUUAUUCACUGUAACAUUUCUUGGAAACUUUGCCAAAUAUAAUUUAUUUUUGAGAACCAAGAAGCAAGAAAAUAGAUUUAUACAUUUGUAUUGUACAAUGUACAUUGUAUGUAUUCGUUGACUGAAUUUUUAUUGUGUGCAAACACUUUUUACACACAUUUAUAUUUGCUAGUUUAAAUAAAUUUGAAAAACAAGA